GUUCAUUUUCAGUCAAGCAUUCCUACGACUUUUGCUUGUUUGUUAAUUAUUUCGAGUUUUUUAGGUCGUUUUCCACGUUUUUAGAUAUGACAGUGUGUGAUAUAAGUGUUACGAUAGAGUGGCGCUGAUAUUAUAAAGUAAAAUACCGGUCUAUCAACAUGGAUGCCCCUACAAUGGACACUAUUUACCAGGCCAUAAGCGCCUUAUAUGAUAACCCCAACGUUGGCGAAAAAGAAAAGGCUUCGCUAUGGCUGGGAGAUAUGCAAAAAUCCAUACAUUCUUGGAAGAUAGCCGACGAACUGUUACAAAAAAGGAAGGAUAUGAAUUCUUGCUAUUUUGCUGCCCAAACAAUGAGAUCAAAAGUGCAACAUAACUUGAGUGAACUACCACCUGAUUCUCUUGUAUCGCUAAGAGACUCUCUGGUGGCACACCUGGAGCUCACAUCUCCAGAGACCAGUGCUUCAGUGCUCACUCAACUCUCUCUAGCAUUAGCAGACCUAGCUCUCCAAAUGCCACAAUGGCAGAACUGUAUUGGCGACCUUAUUAAAUCAUUUUCCAAUAAAAAUGAUUUUGCCCUUCUAGAAAUAUUAACUGUAUUACCUCAGGAAAUUGAUUCAUCUAGUUUAAAACUUGGUGAAAAUAGGAGAGAAGAAAUUAAAUCAGAAUUAAGGUCAAAUGCUCAUUUGGUAAAUUUAUUCUUAAAAGAAAGCAUCACAAACUUUCAAAAUACCCAUGUAACAUUAAAAGUAAUAAAGUGUAUGACAUCUUGGAUACAGGUCAAAGCAAUUAAUAUACAGGAAAUUCCUCAGAAUGCUGUUAUAGGGUACAGUUUACAGAUUCUUAGGGAUCCUAAAACAAUUAAUACUUUGCAUGAUGCAGCAUCUGAUUGUAUUACUGCUUUGUUGCAUUGCUUAGAGGAAAAUAACAAUAAUGACAAUAUUGAGAGACUGUUGUUUGAGAGUGUGUCUGGACUGGAGGAGAGCUACCACAUGGCUGUGGCUUAUGAGGAAGAUGAGAAAGCUACAAACUAUGCAAGAAUAUUCACUGAGCUAGCUGAAACAUUUUUAGAAAAGAUUAUAAUUUCUAUGUCAGGAGGCUCAUCUCAUUUUGCCCUGAGGUCCUUGGAAUUAGCACUAGUUUGUGUUGGAAACCAUGAUUAUGAGGUAGCAGAAAUAACCUUCAACCUAUGGUACAGACUAUCGGAGGAAGUGUACCAGAGAGACUACCAGCCUUUGACAGAUUCUUUCAAGCCUCACAUAGAGAGACUGAUUGAAGGACUGGCAAGGCAUUGUCAGUGUGAGCCUGAUACACAACAGAUGUUGGAAGAGGGAGAUGAAUUCUUUGAAUUCCGCAGUAAAGCAAUGGGUCUUAUUAAAGAUGUGGUGUUCAUAGUGGGCUCCAGCUCAGUCUUCCGCCAAAUGUUCUCGGUGCUCAAUCCUGAUAUAACUUGGGAACAGACUGAAGCAGCACUCUUCGUCAUGCAAGCCGUCGCUAAGAAUAUAUUACCGGAGGAGUACGAGUAUGUUCCUAAAGUAGUAGAAGCAAUCUUGUCGAUGCCUGAAGGCACUCACCUGGCCGUCAGGAAGACGUGCAUACUCUUACUGGGGGAGCUGUGCGAGUGGAUAGAACGGCAUUCCGAGUGCCUCGAACCUUGUCUGCAGUUCCUCACUAGAGCCUUACAUGAUAAGCAGCUGGCGUACUCUGCCGCUACAGCGUUACAGAAUAUCUGCCGCGCCUGCAGGACGCAGGCGGCGGCGCACGUGUCGGGGCUGCUCCGCGCCGCCGCGGCCGCCGACCAGCUUCCCCUCAACGCGCAGGCCUCCGCCGCGCUCAUGCGGGCCCUCGCCUCCGCUAUAGGACGACUGCCUAACGAACAGCUAACUGUCGCAAUGCGUGAGGCUGUCGGCGUUCAGAUCAACGGCUUGUCGGAACUGAUGAAGUCUAAUGUGGAAAUAAAGAAAGGUACGAGUAGCGACCCAACCGUCUGGUUGGACCGCAUGGCGGCCCUCUUCCGCGACGUGGACGUGCCAAGCUCACAGAUCACCGACACGCAUCCGUGCGUGCCGGCCUUGUCCGACGCUUGGCCGGUACUGCAGGAAGCAUUGGACAAGUACGGCAUGGACGGGCGCGUGAUGGAGCGGUGGUGCCGCUGCGUGCGGUUCGGGGUGCGGAUGGCGGGGCGCGGCGCGGCGGGGCUGGCGCCGGCGCUGGCGGCGCGGCUGCAGGCCGUGUACCGCGCGGCCGCGCACUCGUGCGUGCUGUACCUGGCCUCCGUGCUGCUGGACGAGCUGGCGGCCGCGCCCGCCGCCGUCGCGCCGCUCGUGCAGCUGCUGCAGGACGUCAUGCCGCGCGCCUUCCUACUGCUGCAGCAGGACAACGGACUCAAGGAGAACCCUGACACCGUCGAUGAUCUCUUCAGGCUAUGUAUCAGAUUCUUACAAAGAAUCCCACUAGAGUUCCUAUCAUCGGGCGCACUACCCACAGUGAUCCAAUGUGCUUCACUGGCGUGUUCCCUCGAUCACCGGGAAGCCAACUCUUCCGUCAUGAGGUUCCUGUAUGACUUCACUAAGGUGGCUAACUCGACAAACGCUGAUAAACAACAAAUUAAAGCACUAGCAGACAAUGCUUUAUCUACAUACGGCGAGGAGCUGACGUACCGGCUGAUAGAGGCGAGCGUGUUCCACCUGCACUCGUACAUGCUGGCCGAGGUGGCCGAGGUCCUGCUGGAGCUGCUGGAGUGGCAGCGCGGCGCCGCCCGCGACUGGCUGCAGGCCGCGCUGCAGCGUCUGCCCCGCGACCGCCCCGCCCUCGCCACGCACCAACAGUGCUGGCAGUUCCACCAGUACGCCAUGAGGGCGGAGAAAUGCAAGGAAAUGACUCGUCUACUGCGUGACUUCGCGAGAUUGUAUCGAUAGAGUACUAAAGAUUUAUAUUAUAAAUUAAACCAAACAACAGGACUGAGACUGUGUGACUAACAUUUUGACCUUAGCUCAGUGUAAUAAGUUCUAAGUACUAUCCAGUAUGGAGACUAAACUACACUAGUGAAGUGAUUCUACUACUUUGUUAGAUCAAACUAUAAUAACUGUAUUGUGUAACGACUCAUAAAGCUUUAGGUCUGUGACGAUUUGUAAUAGUAAAUAUAUCACAUGCUUAUCUGUAUCCCUAGAUACUUUUGUGAUUGUAUUUUUAGAAAUAUAAAAAUUACCUUUAUAAGUGCUAAAUUUCUUUAAGUUAAACUAAAUCAAUUGUAAAGUGUUCAUAUACAAUAUUAAGACUUUAGUGUGUAUCAAUGUAUACAAUUCAUUUUAUCAUGGUAACCCAACUAAAACAUAGUUAGAUAAUGUAGGUAGGCAGCUGAUGGGCUGAGUAUUUAUUUCAUAUCUUAAUAAUUACCAGGUUUUAAUUUCAAUAACUGAUUGACUUGGUUGUCUUUACUGAUAAACCUUUCUUUGUUUGAAUUGUCUAUCUGUCACAGUCGUCACAAGAUCUAGAGUGUAUUUAUCAUAUUGUACUGUGUAGUUAGUAGAUGGUGCAGCUAGCACAUCUGAGCAAUAAUAAAUACGUAUUGUAGAGUUCUACAAUGUCGUAGGUAUAUCGUAAUGCCUAUUAAAUUUCUUGAUUACACUUGGUACGAAGUUGCGUUCUCUCAUAGUUGCAAAAAUGGAAAUGUUAAUUUAUAACAGCUUUAUAACUUGACCAUUGUGCUACAUACUCACAAGUAUUGUAAAAAGCGUAUUAUAGUAACGUUUUACUAAAAUAAUAUUCAUGAUAGUAAUCUAUCAGUUGGAAUUAUCUUGACGUUGACAAUAACG